AUGGGCAGGGCAAUGGUCAGAUACGAGUCAGCACCAAAGAUGACUGUUGUACGAGGGCAGUUAAUGAAUAUACUUGUGACACUUAUACUCUCAGCAAUGCCGACAAACAUGGAGGUGUACUUCCAUUACAAUACUCCUGACGUGUUUCAUGAAAUGUCUAUGAGCUGGAACAUGUAUAUCCUUUCAAGUUCACUGAUGUGGUUACCACUACAACACACGUCCCUCCAAGGACCAAGGGUGGGCAUGAUCUUCUACAAGUUUUCGGUGAUGUACGUCGUGAAGCGGGACGGGCGGACGGAGACGGUGCACUUCGACAAGAUCACGGUGCGGCUCAAGAAGCUCAGCUAUGGGCUCAGCCAGGAUCACCGCGACCCCGUGCUCGGUCUGCGUCAGGGUAUACAUGGGCGUCACCACCAGCCAGCUCGACGAGCUCGCCGCCGAGACCGCCGCCCCGGUCACUGCCUCCCAGCCAGACUAUGCCUCCGUACGUUCCCUCUUUCAUCUGUCUCUCCCCUUCCGCUCGCGGCGAGGAUUGUUGUGUCCAACCUGCCGCCAAGUGGAAAUAGUCUGUGUGGCGCUCGUAAAUAG